GAGUUUUCUUUAGCCAUCUUUGAUGAAUGUUGAUGAAAUUUUGUGCGUCAUAAAAUCAUUAAUUUUUUUAUUUUAGUGAAGUUUCUAGAAGCACUGAUCUUUCUGUUCAUGUUGUAGAGUUUCGGUGACGAUCAGAAUAGUUUCUAGAGGUAAAAUAAACUUGAUACGAUGAUUGAACUCACAGUGAAAACGUUAGAUUCGCAAAAUCAUCAAUUCUCUGUAGAAGAUGAUAUAACAGUAGAACAGUUCAAAACCAAAAUUGCUGAAACUGUUAAUGUACCUGCAGACACUCAGCGUAUUAUUUAUUGUGGAAGAGUUCUACAAGAUAGUUCCAAGCUUGCUGACUAUGAUGUUCAUGGUAAGGUUGUACACUUGGUUCAAAGGCCACCCCCUGGUAGCAACCCUAGGCCUAAUAAUAGAUCUUCCCCUCAACCACAAAGAAGAGCAUUCAGGGGAUUCCGUGGUUUGGAACAGGGUAAUGCUAUGUAUUUGGGAUCCAUGGCAUUUCCAGGUAAUCUGAUGGAAUCACAGGGAAUUGUCACCCCUCCACCAACUCACAGUUUGUCAGGUAGUCGCCUAAAUGUAGCAAAAAGGAUGUUAAGACGUGCAGAGACUGCAAUACAACUCCUAGAAAAUCCAUCUGCUAGGACCCCUGAACAAGCUAAUCCUGAGGAGAACCAAGAUGAAGAGGAAGUUACACCAGUUAUUGAAGCCAGAGUCAUAGUUCCUAAUAAUGUUGAACCAAUUGAUCAAGUUCUUAAUGCUGUUCAAGAUACUUUGUUGAAUGCAUCAGCCAAUACUGUACCAGUGGCCUUAGCUGGGCAGGGUAGUGGGCCUUCUCAGAGUGCUACAACAAGUGCACCUAGAUCUCCUAACCAGUCAGAGACUUCAACUCCAGGAGGUGUUACACCUAGAUCUUCAUCUUCAGAAAACUUGAACUCUGAAACCAGAUCCGAAAAUCCAAAUCCUCUACCAGAAAAUGCUUCGAGGACGUCAGAAAUGGCUGCCUUAUUGACAAUGUUGGGACAGUUGCAAUCUAGAUUUGCACCUUUCCUUGAACAGUAUCAGAAUUUCAUGAGGGAUGACCCUGAAGUUCCAGCCGAGAACCAACGACAGACGCAGACCAUGCUGAAUAGAGUAUCUGAAGUCCUGCACUUCCUGGGCCACGCCUAUCACUCUCUGAGUGACAUCAUAAUACGAGUUAGAACUCCUCCUCCUAGACCUCUUUUAUGCCGUCCAAUUCUUAUCCAACACUCGGCAGUAGUCCAAACUGGGAUACCCAUCCAAGUAGAGGCCCAGAUCAACCUGUCGGCGGACCGGCCAGCAGCGCCGACCAACGGCCAACCUGCCGCAGCAGACACCGCCACCGGCGCCACCACCAACCCGUCGGCCGCCCCGAACACCGCCCCCAACGGCGGUGUCGGCGGCCCCACCAUAUCCGUGCAGCCGGGCUUCAUCGGCCUGCCCUCCCUGCCGGCAGGCGCUUCGAUGCGCGUGCUCUCGUUCCCCGUCGAGGUUAGGGCGAUGCGGUCGGGCGGGGCUGCGGCCGCCCCGAGAGCGCAGAACAACAACAAUAACUCGGUGAAUAACGCUGGUCAGAACGGCACCGCUGCCCCUCAGGCGGCCCCGACCGCUGCCCCGCCGAAUGCGGGGGCCGCCCCACCCGCGCCGCCGCCGCCCUCAGCCGCCCCUCAGGGUGCGCCCCCCGGCGCCGCCUUCAACUUCAACAAUCCCAACGUCGAGUUCUUCAUGGAGGUCACGCCCGAAGGUAUUACAAUUGAUUCUUUGGAGACUACGCUUGUCGGUUCGAAUCAGGCGAACGAUUUGUUGAGAGGCGCUCUGAACGGGCCGCCGCCCGAGUUCCUGCAAUCCCUGAUGCAGAUGGCCGGCCAGCUGAUCAACCGCAACAUGGCCGCCCAACCGGCGAACGGCGCCGCCCCCGCCAGCUCCGCCGAAACUGCCGGAGGGGCGGCGCAGUCGCAGAACGCGGCAUCGGCAGCAGGCCCGCCCGGGCAGACCUCCACGGCGCGGGGCAACACGCAGACGCACCCCACCACGGCGACCCACACCAGGGUCACGCCACGCCCUCACGUCCAUCUCGCUCAGCAGGCCAUGCAAGGUGGUUUUGACCCGUUCCUACCUUGCAACUCGCACCACAUCUCGAGACGCAGAACCGCCCAUCACUUCCACCCCGCUAACGCUACCGCCGCCGCCACCGCCGCCCCCGCCAAUUCCGCUCCCGGCGAGAGCCAACCGGGGGCGGCGGCUGCGACCGCGCCAGACACCGCCGCCAUCUUCAACUCGCUCAGUUUCAUCAGCAGCGUCCUGCGGGCGGACGGUGCAGGAAGGGGCGGCGAAUCGAGGGGGCAGUCGGCCGCGGGCGGAUCGCAGGAGGCCGCUCCGAGCGGCGGGGACGGAGCGGGAGCGGCGCCGGAUUUGCCGCCGUUCGCCUCUCUGUUCGCCGGCCUGCAGGGGGUUGGGAAUCUACCGGAUCUAAUACGUCAAGGUCCAACACUUGAUCAGCUUCUACAAGAUGACCAUUAUGUGCCAGGCGGAAGCAUUAUUACCGAUCUAAUAAUGCUUUUCAGUAGAAAUCUCACCUUUGUGGACCUGUUCACGCUGAAUAGCGGAAAUCUCGAGCCCAUCAACAGAAACAUAGACGAACUUCAGAGUUUCUCCAGAACCAGGAUAUGUGACGGAGACACUACGCCUGCUGGUAUAGAUAGAGGCGUGGAUAGACUGAUUACCGAAAUGCAACCUUUCUUGGAGAGUUUCCGAACAUUGGCUGUGCAAGGUGAUAUAGAUAUGGUGAGAUCUGCAGAGCAGUUGUUCAGGCAAAGGUUACCGAACAUCAUCAACAUCGCCAUCAAUCUAAACGCCAACAACGUGAGGUUGCUGCUUAACCAGUGUCUAACGACAUCUAAGCAACUAUUGGCAUUGAUCCUCAUGGCCAGUUCAGAAGGUCAACAGGGUGUCGAACAAAUUGUAACGCAAGUCAUGAAUCGAUUUAUGCAAGAUAUUCCUCAAGAUAUACAAAAUUGGACGCUGAUGACGAGUCGGGUCCAUUUGAGAAGAAUUCUAGCCAAUCUGAGCAUUCCCGACAGUAUAUUGCAACCGUAUAUUGUCCAUCAGUCUGAUCCGAUUGAGCCAACAGAUGAUGAAAGCCGGCCCAUUGUACCUAGCAGUACUAUCACUCCUAGUGCUCCUUCUCAAGAGACCAUGGAAGUGGAUGAUCAAGUAUCAGAAAUUGAACUACAGGCUCCAGUGUCAGAAGAACCUUUACCAAAUGUUGUGUUGGGGUCUGAGCCUUGGCACGGGCAAGUUCCAGAGGACUGGGUACCGAUUAUCACGAGAGAUGCCCAACGACAAAGGAGACAGAAUUCGCAAGGACCCUUCAGUGAUGCCUAUCUAUCCGGGAUGCCUAGUAAAAGGAGAAAAAUUGUCAACAGUUCCAAACCUCAGGGCAGUCUUCCACAAGUUAUCACAGAUGGCGUGCGACAAGCAGUAAGUACGACUGGUCUGACGUCCGUGUCUCCUUUGGAAACGGUGGCCCAAGCCGCUGGAAAUUCGCCCGAAAUACAGACCGCCUACAGAAAUCUGCUCCGAUCCACGGUGCAAGCCAGUUUGAGAGAAAACGAAGAAUUCUUGCCGGAACGAUACCCUAACAUUCAAAAUUAUUUUAAUAAUGGUAAGCAAUGAAAAUUUUCCGACGUCAGGUUUUCUUGUUAGGGAACGUCAAAAGUUUUCACGUGAUAAUUGACAAACUCAUGUUCAUGGAAUAACUUUAUAUAUUCGAUUUAGAAAACCAAUAAAUUAUGGUGCAUUUCUUCAAACACUAUAUUCUUUAUAAUAGAAUAUCAGAAUAUCGGCGCCCCAGAAGAAUAUCCACAUUUGCAAUUUAUAAUAUCUCCUUCAAUUUGACAUAAAAGUUGUGGGAUUUUCUUGGUUAAAUGAAAAAUUCUGUGAUUUUUUUGUCACAUUUUCUUGUGACGCCUAUUUACUAGCGCCUACAGACACCAUUUUACUCUUACGAAAAUGUCCGAAGCCACCAGAUCGUUUAGCACGUUAUGUAUACUGAAUGCUCGUGCAUAUUUGGCGUAGUUCAUUUGAUUUUUGACUACCAAGAACCAUUUUCCCUCAGUGCUGCACAACUCCCCAAAAAAUAAAGAACUUGUCAAAAAGUAUUACCAGAAAGACAAAAGCACACGCACUUACCGGCAAAAAAAAAUUCGGCCACCAAAAAAAGUCAUCAAAUGGGUCGCCCUGUAACCUUCAUAAUUUUUGUCUGAUUUAUGUUUCAAAAUGUUAACCUGAAUUGAAGUUACCAAAAAAACUGAUGGCUUGAUCAUUUUACAGGAAAUAUAAAAGUAACCAUUUCAUGCCCAAUUUCUUAACGCCCUGUGGAAAAAGUGAGUGGAUAGACCUAGUUUCUAUUUUUUUUUAUUAAACUGUUUAAUUGAAGAUUGGUCUGUUGUUUCAUCUACAAUUAUGGAAAAGAAACAGCCUGGUUCUGCUAUUUUAUUGUAAAACUCUUCUUUUAUCACUUUACCUAAGCUAUUUUUUCAGAAUGUGCGUUGCCUUAGUUCUUCUUGAAGAUAUUUGUUUAGCUAUUUCAGAGUCUGAAAAUAAGUCCCCACAAAGAGGGCUCAACAAAUCCAUUAGGGGAAAUGGCAAAUUUUUUACAGCUACUAAACCAGACAGCUUGAUUUCUGCCCUUCUGAUUUUGACAUCUAAUGGAUGAUUAAAUAAACUUGGAUUGUUUUUAGUUUUUUCAACUUGUCUGGCAUGGAAUUUGUGCUUGAUGAAGUAAAAUGCCUCUGGAUAUCACUUCUAUGUGCAAUUAUGUCACACUGACACAAUUUACAGUAUGCCAUUUCAUUCCCAUUUUUAUAUUUUAGAGACUUUUCAAUCCAAGUUUUGAAUUCGGGUAUCUCGGUCCAACUACUGAAUUUAUUUGGUUUUCUUUUAUUAUCUUCACUGGUAUUUUUCUGAAAUACAUUGAGCAAUUAGUACCUAAUCAAAUGCCAAUUAAUUCCAGUCUAAAUUUCGUUUAGGUACCUUUAUUAUGACUGAUGAGUUUGAAAUUUCAACAGCAGAUGUAACCUGAAAAUAAAGUCUAUACUCAUCCGUACAAAAUACUCCUAUUAUUAUUACAGUUUGUUUUGAUUUUUCCAACUAUCUAUCCAUCACAUCGAAGGUAUAAACAUUACAUUGCAUCUCAUAUAAAUAUAAAUAUAAUCAUUAACAUUUACAAUGGAAUAACAUGAAUAAUCAGACAGAUUCAUAUCUGGUAUGAGAUUAUUCAUGCGUUAUCAAAUUAAAUUAUAGUUAUUG